GCAGGCAGCAGAGACAGGAUGAGUGUUAGAAGAAGACCACCUUGCAUAUGACACAAUGGAAGUGUGGCUGAAGCAGUUGGCUCUGGUGCUGUUCACAGUGGCAGCAGCAGCUCUGGGGGGAUCAGAUCAACAAUGUGUGAUUGUGGGUACAACACAAGUAAAAGUUGAUUUGGGGUCCUCUCUGAAUUUGUGCUGUUUUUUGUUGAAAGAGACGUAUCAAAGAUUUCGGGUGAGCUGGUAUUUUAACCGAAAUGAACCUUCACUGAACAACUCACAGAACAUCUCUGAGAUGAUUGCUGGUGAAAAUAUCUCCACCCAAGGAGACACACACUUGAUGUUGCAUAAUGUUAUGCACAAUAACAGCGGAUGGUACUUUUGCAAAGUCACAUCAGAGAUUCCCUAUCAUACUAUUACUUGCAGCAAUGGAACACGAGUAGUUAUUGCGCAGAGCUUGGAAAAAACAACGUACCCGUCACUAUUAACGAGUAAACAAGUGACGCAUCAAGAACUACUCCCUUUUGUUUGGUGGGUCUGGAUCGUGUUGGGGGUCUCAGCUUUCAUCCUGAUUGUCCUGCUGGUCAUACAUACCUUGCUGAAAAAAAGAUGCAUCACAAGCAGAGGAGAGGAUCCUGUCUAUAUAAACAUGCAUCGUUCUGCGGCAAACAAACAGCCAUCACCUCGGCCCGGGGCACAAGUCAACGACCUGAAGACAGUCCCUUCCUCUCUAAACCUCUGCCCCCCGAGUCCCGGCGGGAGAUACGACGAAGGCAAACGGAGGCAAAAACCGUGAGGAAGUCACGGAGCUUGUUUAUUUAGACACGGUUUUACCCCAAACUGGACAUUUGUAUCUUAUUUUAUGUAUUUCUUAUCCUGUAAAACAUAUCUUUCAUUAGCCACUAGAUGGCAGAUGGUACACAAGUAAAUUUAAAAUGCUGUUUUUUUUCUUGUCUUUUUUUUCUUUUCUCUCUUGUUUCGACAUCUUAUAUUAUUUGAAUAUUUGAAAAAGUUUCCAGCAGUAGUUUAAUAUGUUAAAUAAUAAAGUGGCAAAUUGUUCUUUUUAGUGUGAAAUAGUGAU